UCAGCCAAAAGGUAUGACAUCAGUACUGUGGAUGAUGUUGGGGUGAAAGCAAUUAGAAGUUAUGUUGCAGUGGCCAAGCAACAUGGUGGAUAUGAAAAUAUUGGCUGCUUAGAGAAAGAUUUUAGAAAUCAGUUAGAUAAAGAAUGCCGUUUAGCGUUAGAAUCAGGUGAUGCUAAUGCAAUGCUUGAAUUUUUCGUACACAUGCAAGAAGAAAAUCCAAACUUCUUCUAUGCACUGGAUUUGGAUGAAGAACAUCAUUUGAAAAAUAUCUUUUGGGUUGAUGCAAAAGGUCGAGAGGACUAUCGGGAGUUUGGUGAUGUUGUCUCUCUUGAUACAACAUACAUCACAAACAAGUACAAAAUGCCUUUCACUCCAUUUAUCGGAGUGAAUAAUCAUCAUCAGGCAACUUUACUUGGAUGUGCUUUACUUGCUAAUGAGUCAACAUCAACCUUUACUUGGUUAAUGAAGACAUGGGUUAGAGCCAUGGGUGGCAAGCUUCCAAGUGCAAUUAUAACGGAUCAAAACAAAGCAAUGAAAGCAGCCAUUAAACUAGUUUUCCCUAAUUCAAGACAUCAUUAUUGUCUAUGGCAUAUAUUAAGAAAGUUUCCCGAGAAACUUGGUUAUGUUCUUAGAAAAAAUGAAGAUUUUAUGGGAAUUUUCAAAAAAUGUAUUCACAAGUCUUGGACAAAGGACCAAUUUGAAGAAAGAUGGCAAGCAAUGGUUGAAAAGUUUGAUCUUAUUGAAGAUGAAUGGAUCCAAUCAUUGUAUGAAGAUCGUGAGCAUUGGGUACCAACUUAUAUGAAAGAUACCUUUUUUGCUGGGAUGUCAACAACUCAAAGGUCAGAAAGUAUUAACUCAUUUCUUGACAAAUAUGUGUGUAGGAAAACUACAUUGAAAGAGUUUCUUGAGAAAUACGAGGUGGCUUUGCAAGAUAGACAAGAGGCAGAAAAUCUUGCUGAUUUUACAGCAUGGCAUAAGACACCAGCUUUAAGAACUCCAUCACCUUUUGAGAAACAGAUGUCCAUGGUGUACACUCAUGGAGUAUUUAAAAAGUUUCAAAUUGAAGUUUUAGGAAUAUUUGGGUGUCAUCUUGUAAAAGAGAAGGAAGACGAGAAAAUCUUGACCUUCAAAGUCUUAGAAAUUGAAAAAAAUGAAGGCUUUAUUGUAGAGUGGGAUGCAUCAAUGGAGGAGAUUUCUUGCAUAUGUCGUUCAUUUGAAUACAAUGGUUUUCUUUGUCGUCAUUCAUUAAGCACUCUUCACUUCUUGGGUUUGUUUAACAUCCCAUCUCGCUACAUAGUAAAGAGUUGGACUAAAGAUGUUAGAACCAAAUACAAGAAAGGAAGUACAUGUGAAGAAGUGCAAUCAAAGAAGCAACGUCGUGAUAUUUUGUUUCAAAGAGCUAUUGAAUUGAUUGAGGGCUCUAUGUCUCAUGAAAGCUAUAAUAUUGCACAUCAAGCAUUGGGAGAUGCCUUGAAGCAUUGCUCAAGUGUUAAUCAUUCCCUGAAAUUGAGUGAUGAAGCUGCAUUUGGAGCUAAUGAAUAUCAUGAUCUUUGAGGCCAACUUCAAAAUAUGAAACUUUAAAUUGUAUUUUUGUUGACUAAUCUUUUUCUAGGUGUAUUUUUUUGUAAAUAAAAUAGCACCUAUUUGGUAGAUUUUGAAAUGUAGUACUAGCAACAGAGAAUUGGAGGAUGCACUAGAAAUUCUACUGUAUUUCAUGUUUUGUUGUUUAUUGGUGGAAACAAUAUUUGUAUGGAUUGUACUAUCAAUUACACUACAAUUACACUACAAUUACAUAGAAACUUUGAGUGAUAGCAUAAGGGCAAUUUUUGCAUUUUCUUAGGUUACUCUUCUAUAUUGGGUUCAACAACUUAAUUCUUUUCAACUUUUA